CUCUCCGAGAAGAGCAGAGGAAAGAGUCAACGCCGCACCCCGCAAUGGCAGCAUCACAUCUCCUCCUCCUCCUGCUGCUGCUGGCCCCGGUCGCGGACUCCGCGGCCACCCGCGUCUUCUCCGUCACCGACUACGGCGCGGCCGGCGACGGGUCCAGUUACGACACGGCGGCCAUCCAGGCCGCCGUCAACGCCUGCGGGGAGGCGGGGGGCGGCCGCGUGCUCCUCCCGGCGCCCGGGGACUACCUGACGGCGACCGUGCACCUCCGCUCGCGCGUGGUGCUCGAGGUGGCCCCCGGCGCGCGGCUGCUGGGCGGGACCAGGCAGCGCGACUACCCGGCCGAGCGGAGGCGGUGGUACGUCGUGCUGGCCGAGAACACCACCGGAGCGGGCGUCACCGGCGGCGGCGAGAUCAACGGCCAGGGCGGCACCUUCGUGGUCAGGCCCAGCGACCAGAAGAACGUCAUGGUGAGCUGGAACGCCACGGGGCACUGCCGGGGCGACGAGUGCCGCCCCCGGCUCGUCGGCUUCGUCGACUCCGAGGACGUCACGGUCCACGACAUCACCCUGAACCAGCCGGCCUACUGGUGCCUGCAUCUUGUGAGGUGUGAUCACUCGGUGAUACGCAACGUCUCCAUAUACGGGGAUUUCGACACCCCUAACAACGACGGGAUCGACAUAGAGGGCUCAAACAACACGAUCAUCACCGGCUGCAGCAUAGACACCGGAGACGACGCGAUCUGCCCCAAGUCUCUCACGGGCCCUGUUCACAACUUGACUGUGACAAACUGCCGGAUCCGCACCAAAUCUAGUGCUAUCAAAUUUGGAAGUGCGAGCUCCUUCAACUUCGAGAGGCUGCUCUUUGACAACAUAACCAUAGUCGAUUCGCAUCGAGGACUUGGAAUGCAGAUCCGUGAUGGAGGGAACGUCAGUAAUGUGGUGUUUUCAAACAUCAAAAUGCGCACCAGGUACUACCAUCCUUCAUGGUGGGGGAGAGCUGAACCGAUCUACAUCACCACCUGUCCAAGGUACCCUGGUUCCAAAGAAGGCACCAUUUCAGAUGUUUUCUUCAUCAACAUCUCAUCGGUAUCGGAAAAUGGUGUUUUCCUGGCCGGGUCGAGGCACAGCCUGCUUCGCAACUUGAAGUUCAAGAACGUUGAUUUGACCUACAGGAGAUGGACAAACUACACCGGGGGCCUGUAUGACUACAGGCCCGGAUGCCAGGAGCUGGUAAAGCACAAGACUGGUGGUAUGAUGCUGGAGCAAAUCUCCGGCUUGGAGAUCGAUAAUGUCAGGAUGAGAUGGUCGAGAGGAGAGCUCAAAGGGUGGGAUGUUAAUCCACUCCUCUUCCGGCCAUCAACUAUUGACAGGCUGUCAUUCCAUGAUUGGCAGUCGCUGAAUGUUCAAUAGCAGACCACCUGAAUCUCAAUCGUAUAUAUCUGUAAACAUGGUUUACACUUUCAGUGCAAUUUCACCGAAAUUUCGGAAAUUUCAUUAAUGUUGGCACAUACUGAAAUAUUUGCCCCGGUCAAAAUAUUUCAGCAAUUUUA